AUGGAAUUCUAUGUUUUUCUUCUUCUUCCUCUCCUAAUAAUAUGCAUUCAUGCCACUGCCAAAAAAUUGUUCAAAAACAAGAAUCUCCCACCAGGGCCAAUAGGCCUCCCAAUAAUUGGAAAUCUUCUCACAGUUGGGGACAGACCCCAUGAAUCCUUAGCCAAUUUAGCAAAAAUCUAUGGCCCUCUAAUGACAGUAAAACUUGGCUAUGUCAAUAUUGUAGUUGCUUCUUCAAGAGAAAUGGCUAAAGAAAUUCUUCAGAAGAAUGAUCAAAACUUCUUGGGAAGGCCUAUUCCAGAUUCUGUUACUGCAGAAAAGGGCUAUGAACUGUCGAUGGCGUGGCUGUCGGGUGGCCCGCAGUGGAAAAAACUUCGAAAAAUCUGCCAAAGUCAGAUUUUUACAAUACAAAGAUUGGAUGCAUUGCAAGAUUUGAGGCAUAUGAUGAUGAAAAACAUGGUUGCAAGAGUAGACGAAGCCCGGGAAACACAAGAAGCCAUUCAUGUAGGGAGGUUGGUGUUCGGGACGACGUUGAAUUUGUUGUCAAACACAAUGUUUUCUGAUGACAUGCUUGAUCCAAAAUCAGACGCAGUGAAAGAGUUAAAAGAGCUUAUAGCAAAAAUAAUGGAGCUUGCAGGGAAGCCUAAUAUUUCAGAUUAUUUUCCUAUUCUAAAACCAAAACUAGAAGUUCCUUAUUCCUCACAGAUCAAGGUGUCAUACGAUCGAUUGCAUGAUCUGAUCGAUGAGAUGAUUGAUCGACGGCUAAAACGUAGGGCUUCUGGAUCAAGGUGGAUUGGGGAUUUCUUGGAUGUUCUUCUUGAUCAUACUGGUGAAUAUGGGCCUGAUAAACUUGAUCAUCUUGAUGUCAAUCUUUUGCUUAUGGAUUUGUUCAUUGGAGGUACGGAUACGACGACCACCACCAUGGAGUGGGCUAUGGCGGAGCUCCUCCACAACCCACCCAUACUGGCAAAGGUAAAACAAGAACUAUCCGUAGAACUCAGUUCAAAAGAUGUUAAAGAACAAGAUCUUUCGCAGCUUCCCUAUUUAGAAGCAGUAAUAAAAGAAACAAUGAGGCUUCAUCCUACUGCGCCCCUCCUCCUGCCUCAUCGGGCCGAGACAGAUGUACAAAUCUGUGGAUACACCAUCCCAAAACACACCCAAAUUCUUGUGAAUACAUGGUCCAUUUCAAGGGACACAACUUACAGGGAUGAGCCAACAAAAUUUAAGCCAGAAAGAUUCUUGAAUUCAGAUAUUGAUUUCAGAGGCAAAGACUUUUCAUUUAUACCAUUUAGUGCUGGAAGACGAAUUUGCCCCGGACUGAAUCUUGGGGUGAGAAUGGUGAGCUUAAUAUUGGCUAAUCUUGUUCAUAAAUUUGAGUGGAAAUUGGCAAAUGGGGUGGAGCCAAAGGACAUGGACAUGAAGGACAAAUUUGGGAUAACACUUCAGAAAGCUGAACCACUUUUUGCAAUACCAGUAACAAUUGCAAGUUGA